CUCGUCGUCACACUCGCACUUCACGUUCGCGGUGUUACCCAAGAACUAGCAACCUAGGAGACCACCUUUCUAGUUCCAAAUCAUAUCACAUAUAACGCAUACACAUAGUUGCUAGCUGUUACACAGAUAGACUAAUUGCAUUACAUGACUACUGAUACAUAAGCUAACUUUCUUUCACAGUAUAUAAUAUAAAAUGAUAAGUACAAUUCUCACAUGCGCCGCCGUAGUCGCAUUCGCGCCUCAUUGUCUAGCGCAGCCACAUUCCGGUACGGUCGGUAGUAAUGCACACUCGUCGGCUGACGUUCGUAGAGAUGAAGAUUUUACAUAUCCGCAAGCUCGUAUAAUGAACGGAGAUUCACAAGUAGAAGUUAUACCGUACAUGGCGGCCCUUAGGAAUGUCCAGAGAUUUAAUAACGGGCGAAUUCAGAUAAAGACGUACUGUGGGGCGUCUUUAAUACACAAAGAUUGGAUUUUAACAGCCGGCCAUUGUGUCGAGACCGACGGGGUGUCAAAUACACACGGAAAUGAGGCCUGGAUUGGAUGCCUCGAUCUAACGGAAUCGGACACCUGUGUUGUGAGAGAAAUUGUGGAGUACAAGUGCCACGAGGAAUUUAUGUUCGAUACGAUAGAAGGAGUACACAACGACAUAUGUGUGAUGAAACUGAACGAGUCUGUGACAGAUCUGGAGGUUGCCACAAUGAACGACUUACCGGCCAAUGAAGUAGCGGGUACAAACACCACAGUGGUAGGGUUUGGUACGCUAAGCGAGAAUUUAGGCGCCUCUUCGCAAUUGCAGACAGUGGACCUCCCGUUGCAACCCACCGCCGUCUGUGAGAAUACAUUCAAUUAUAAUAAUAAGGUCUUUUUCCUUCCUGACGAGAUGAUGUGUGCAGGAUACAGGACCGGGUUUUUCGACGCCUGUCUUGGAGACAGUGGAGGCCCGCAGUUUGUACAAAACUGGACGCAGCCGCAGAUCGGUAUUGUGAGUUGGGGCGAUGGUUGCGGUCGUCCAGACAAGUACGGCGUGUACACAAGGGUGUCGCAUUAUAUUGAUUGGAUCCAGGCCACUACCGGCACACCGAUUCAGCUUGCCUCUCUGGACGGAGGGCUCUCGUACGAGGAAGACUUACCUGCAACGACGCCGAAAGACACAUCUGCGACUGAGUCUUCCACCCCGGUACCCUCAGCCAGCAGCGAAGCUCUGGUUACGACCUCUCCCCUUCACAGUGCAUCUCCCAGUGCCGUGGUAUGUUAGUUUGUGCGCAGCUGUUUUCAUGUUAAAGACACGUGGUCACAAUUCCCGUCGUGCUUCUCCCAGUAUUGUGACAGAUAUCGAAGUUCACGUUACAGACCUUAGAUUUUGUUUGUACCUUGAUAUGAUGUAUUUGUUGACGAUUUGGAUCUUGAAAUCUAUUGACCUGCCAGUUCAUUAUCAGGUGGGAUCAGUCAUAUGAUCCACAGUGCCAUGUUUGUUUACAGACUCAUUUGGUAAUCACGCCUACGUCGAAGUACCUUGGUCACACUGAUGGCUACGUACUUCAUACAUACUCUGGUAGACCUUUUUAUAGCACACCGUGUUCUGAUAUAUUUUUGGUGUCUGUAAAUUAGUUUGAUGUACUUCUGAACUGAGUAGGUAGCUAGAACUUCUCGGUAGUGACUGCCACUUCGAAUUUUGCAAUUGAAGUAUACAGGUUUGCACAUUUUGUUUGGGCACACUCUGGUUUGUAACAGUAUGCUCGAAACCAAUUUACUCUAAGCACCACGGCUGGUCCUACACAUAUCACACACCGCAAUCACUCAUAUGACUAAAAGCAGGUGAUGCGAUCAGCCUCGAUUAUCCGACAUUAAACAAAGUUUCGCUCGACACAACUGGUUGUUUUGUAGUUCUAUUUCUGAUAGUGAUCAAACCUUUCAACACUACGGACUAUUUCACAGGCGACGCCGGCAACGCUUACCUUGACCGCAAACGGAACGAGCAAUGCACAGGGUGUUCUUGAAGUUCAAACUCCUCAGGAGUUCCCUGCCUGGUGCACCGAAAGCACGUGUAUUGCUGUCGAGAGCGCUUUGCCAGCUGACUAUCCGGCUGGUACCCUACAGUUCCGCAGCUUCAACGUGACCGCUGGCGACACUUCCAUAAUCGGUUAUAAAGGGCCCGCGGAUACCGCACUAACUGUUACUACAGGAUCAAAUGGAGGUGGGGAAUUACUGGUAACCUUGGGUCCGGUAGUCAAUGACACUUACACGUACGAGUAUGCCUCCUGCAAUAACUCCACACAGGAAAUCUAUGUCAACUUCCUUAUACCUGAAAAUACUGUCGGCGGAAGGGUGAAUAUUUGGUUUGUAGAAUCUGAGGGUUGUAUCGCGAGGUAGCUUUGAAGGAUAAAUUAUCAUGAUAGUAUUGUUGUGAAAGGUUAUUAUAUAUGUGUAUAUAAAAAUACAUGUUAUUUAAGCUUAUGAAUAGUAAAUAAUAAAGUAUUUAUUGUGUCGUUAGAAUUCUUUUGGGCCAUGGUGCAUUUUAAGACCUGAAGUUCAGGUGACUGUGGCAUCUUCGAUUGUGAUCAACUAUUUUUUUGUGUGCCGCUCAUUGCUUUAUUCGGGGAACAGGAUAGGCCUAUUCAGCAUAUUAGCAGCAGUCGAAGUGGUAGAAAAAACAGUAGAGGGCGUACUUCUCCUUCUGUUGAACAAGCGAGGCAUCCAUGGGAAGAAAAUGCACAAACUUCCAGUGCACUGCAGGCGUAGAGGGCCUUCUAAAAACCAAGUGAACAGUUUACGGGGAGAUAUGUUGUCCCGACUUGUAUGGCGCACUAGGCGUAGGCGUGAAGCGCGUCCCGAUUGAUGAGCGAAUCAUUCAUAGAUAACUCUGAAUUACAUCAAUUUCCGAUAGUAGAGGGUCUUUUAAUAAACAAGUUUUUGAG